AUGAGCAACCAAGCAGAAAUUGUGCAGGAUUUGCAAGCGGUGCCCAUUGCAGCUGCCGGUUUGCCAGCAAAACAGUCUACCAUAAAGGAGAAGGCGACGGACGAUCCUCACUACAUCACCACGGUAGGAGCCGGUGCUGGAGCGGACAUCGAUGAAGAUCUUGUGCCAACCCAUGAAGAAUUAAGCACAUUGCGCAAAGUCCCUGCUCCACUUCCGUGGAUUGGUGUUCUCUUAUGCUUCAUCGAAUUUGCAGAAAGAGCUUCAUACUACGGUUCUAAGGGUCCCUUCAACAAUUUCAUCAAACAACCCCUUCCCAAAGGUGGUAAUGGGGCCGGUGCGGUUGCUCCUGGAGAUGCAGGUCUCAAUCAAUCUGCAGGUGCUUUAGGUCUAGGAUCGGUCGAUGCCUCUGCACUCACAAAUCUGUUCACUUUCCUGGCAUACGUUAUCCCCAUCUACGGUGGUAUCGUUGCCGAUACCAAAUGGGGUCGAUUCAAGGCCAUUUGUGUUGGAACAGCUGUCGGUGGUUUCGCACAUAUACUCUUGGUCAUCCCCGCAAUCCCUUCCGUUAUCACUCAUCCUAAUGCUUCAUUGGGCACAUUCAUCGUUUCUAUCAUCAUCCUUGCUUUCGCUGCUGGUUUCAUCAAGCCUUCCCUGGGUCCCCUUCUCUGUGAUCAAAUUCCGGUCAGGACUCCGACUCUCAAAACUCUCAAAACUGGUGAAAGGGUUAUUGUAGAUCCCGGAGUCACCGUCGAACGAUGGCUGUUGAUCUUCUACGCCUGUAUCAACAUCGGUGGUUUCUUCGCCGUUGCGACAUCAUACGCUGAACGAUUGGUCGGAUUCUGGUUGGCAUAUUUACUUCCCGGAAUUGUGUACUUCUUCAUGCCCAUCGUUCUUAUCUUUUGCCACAAAAGACUUCAUAAAGCUCCUCCUCAAGGUUCUGUCGUAAUCGAGACUUGGAGAGUCGUGAAGGUCCUCCUUGCUAACGGAGGUUGGCGAAAGAUGUUCAAAGGCGGUGACAACUUCUGGAACAAGGCCAAGCCGUCAUAUAUCGCGGAACAAAAUGGUACAGUCGACACCCAGAAGGUCGUGUGGGAUGACAGAUUUGUCGACGAAGUCAGGCAAUCAUUUAGCGCCUGCGCCGUUUUUAUGAUUAUCCCAAUCUAUGUUCUUGCAGAUGGAGGUCUCGGUAACUCAAUGAACGACAUGUCCGUCGCAAUGACCUUGAACGGUGUUCCCAACGAUCUCAUCUCCAAUUGGAAUCCUCUUGCCAUCAUCAUCGCUACCCCACUCGUCACGUACGGUCUCUACCCAUGGCUUGCCAGAAUUGGGCACCCCCUGAAGCCAAUGACAAGAAUGUUCAUCGGUUUCAUGCUCGGUUCACUCACGUGUGUGAUCUCAGCUAUCAUCCAAUGGAGGAUUUACAAGACAUCUCCUUGUGGUUACAACGCGUCAACUUGUGACGAUGUUUCUCCGGUAUCGCUCUGGCUACAAGUGCCUCUCUAUACCCUUCCAGCUAUCGGAGAGCUGUUCGUCUUUGUGACCUCUUAUGAGCUCGCCUACACCAGGUCACCUGCUCGAAUGAAGGGUUUGGUGUAUUCCAUUGCCCUUUUCAACCAAGCCAUAGCUUCGGCCCUUUCUCUAGCACUUGCCGAUGUUGUACAAGACCCAAAUCUCAUCUGGCCUUGGGUCGCGUUGGCCGUCGCAUGUUUCCUCUCAGCCUUCUUAUUCCCCACCUACUAUAAACAUCUUGACGAGCCUGUCCCCGACUUUGCCGAUCUUGAUAGACAGGCCGGAAUCACACACUCAACUCCAGCUACUCAUAGAGAUCAGUCUCAUGCUGUCGAGGACGUUGAAAGGAAGUACUAG